AUGGAGCCAUUACAUAUACUUGGUACACUUGCGGCUGCUGUCACCGGCGUGGUUGUUUUACUAAUAGUAAUAGCACCUAGACCUCGAAAACUGACAGAAUCUGAAAAGCACUAUCGUUCAGCUACCUCUAAUGUGCCUCAACGUCUUUGCAGUAUAUUUGAUGAGGCAAAUACGGAUCUUACAAUUAUCAUUCCAGCAUACAACGAGAAACUACGUUUGCCGGUAAUGUUGGAUGAGGCCAUUAUGUAUCUCGAGGAACGAAAGUCUAAAAACAAGAAAUUUACAUACGAGAUAUUGAUCGUGGAUGAUGCGAGUACGGAUGGUACAUCAGAAGUCGCACUAGAUUUUGGUAGAAAAUAUAAUCAUAUAGAUCUGAAAGUCUUGAGGUUAGAGAAGAAUAGACGAAAGGGUGGAGCAAUUACUCAGGGAAUACUAUCCUGCAGUGGUAAUUAUAUACUAUUUGCUGACGCGGAUGGGGCAACAAAGUUUUCAGACUUGCGUGAUUUGGAAAACGAACUGAAGAAAAUAGAACGAGAUGGCUAUGGAGUUGCUGUUGGGUCUCGCGCACAUCUAGUGAACACUGACGUUGUGGUAAAGAGAUCGUUUAUCCGUAAUUUUCUCAUGCACUCGUUCCAUAAAGUACUCUUUAUACUCGGGAUACGUUCCAUAGCUGAUACACAAUGUGGAUUCAAACUAUUUACUCGCAAAUCGGCUCAGAAAAUAUUUCACAACAUGCACGUGGAAGGAUGGAUAUUUGAUAUCGAAGUUCUUCUGAUCGCACAAUAUUUCAAUAUGCCCAUAGUCGAGGUUCCUGUUAAUUGGCAUGAAGUCGAUGGAUCAAAAGUGUCAUUGACGAAAGAUUCAAUUCAAAUGGCAAAGGAUUUGCUGGUUAUUAGGUUAAGUUAUUUAUUAAGGUUAUGGAAGAUUCGAGACCCACUGGCAAGAGAGAAACAAGAAUAG